AUGGAGCCAUUCGUCAACGACCCUUCCCUCAAGAAGGCGGGAAAGUUCAAUGGCUUCGAGAUCCUGACCGUGGAGUACAAGAAUGUGGGGGGAGCGGGCGUUGAGCUCGACGUUCUGAUCCCGGACUCGCUGCCGGCGAACACGACGGCGCCGCUGGUUGUGAGGUUUCACGGGGGCGGAUUCGUCACAGGCUCCUCACUCUACGAAGACUGGUUCCCACUCUGGGUGCUCGAGCUCGCAGCCGCGGAGAACGCCAUUGUCGUGUCUGCAAACUACAGGCUACUGCCGGAGAGCACGGGUAUGGAUAUGAUGGAUGACUUGGAUGAUAUGUGGGCAUAUCUGCAUUCCAGCCUGCCGGACGUGUUGAAAAAGAGCAAGAUUGGGGGGCUGGGAGUGGACUUGGAGAGGAUUAUUACGGCGGGGGAUAGUGCUGGUGGAUAUAUGAGUAUACAAUUCGCGCUCAACCACUCGGAGAAAAUCAAAGCUUGUACGGCUGAUUUUCCUGGCAUUGAUCUUGACAUGCCGCCUUUGUCUGCGCCUAGCGCGACGCCACCGCCUGGUCCUACUUUGCCGUUGACCUACGUGGAAAACCACCUCGCUUCCUCUCCUAAGGGCACUGUUGUGUCCUCAGACAUGACGCUUGCCCGGUUCCCGCUGAUCUUCGCGAUGAUGCAGCAAGGUACUCUGCACAAAUACCUUGGAACCGAUGAUCGGCUUUUUCCGUUCAGGAGGGUGGAGAAAGGGGAUAAAUUGCCAGCGUUGUUCGUGGUGCAGGGACGGGAGGAUCUUCUCGUGAGUGUGGAGAGCAGUAAGAGGUUUGUGGAGCUGGUGAAGAGGAAGGGAGCUGUGAAGGGUGGCGAGAAGGAGCUGGUUCUGAGUGUGACGGACGGCGGGCAUGGCAUGAGCUGUGCGUGGGGGGUCGACAACGAGGGUUUGAAAGAGGGACUGGAGAUGGUGAAGAAAGUGUGGCUCGGAUAG